AUGACCGUCCAGUACACUGAUGCGGUCGCAAGUCAGGGUGGCUGUGGCUCCUUCAAGCUCCUUGCAAGAUGGAGAGGGGGUAAGAAGAGCGUAUACAAGACGGUGUGGCAAGAUAUACUUAUCUACCUCCUCUUCUACUUCACCAUCUCCUUCAUCUACCGCUUCGCUCUUCCUGAUAAGGAACGCAAAAUGUUUGAGAAGGUUGUCCUGCACUUCACCCGGUACCGCAACGUGAUCCCGGUGUCCUUCGUGCUAGGCUUCUACGUGGCGCUGGUGGUCAGCCGCUGGUGGGACAUUUACCGCAGCAUGCCCUGGCCAGACACCACCGCCAUCCUCGCCAACACUUAUGUCCCUGGCAUGAACAGAGGAGCGAGAACAACGAGAGUCACUGUCCUCCGCUAUGUCAACCUGAGCAUCGCCAUCACCUUCGCCACCAUCUCCCCCGUCGUCAAGGAUAAGCUGAACACCGUUCACGAUCUCAAGCGUGAAGGCUACAUCACAGAGAAUGAGUUACAUAUACUAAGCAAGCUGGACGAGCAGACGGACCAGCACAAGGCCUGGGUGCCCAUAAUGUGGGCGUGUAAGACUCUACAGCGAGCCCGACACGAGGGACUCAUCGCUUCCGACAUUGGCCUCCAAAUUAUUGUAGACGAAAUCCUCAGUAUUAGGCUCAAGUGCGGGAGCCUGCUGGGAUAUUAUGGCAAUAACAUUCCUCUUGUCUAUACCCAGGUGGUGACAAUAGCGGUGUACAUAUACUUCGCGUUCUCCCUGCUGGGGGAGCAGUUCCUGGACCCCACCAAGGGCUACGAUAACCAACAGGUCGACUACUACGUGCCGCUCUUCGCCCUCCUCCAGCUCUUCUUCUACCUGGGCUGGCUCAAGGUCGCAGAGGCGCUACUCAAUCCUUUCGGCGAUGAUGACCACGACUUCGAGUUUUUAAAGUAUUUGGAAAGGAAUAUUAAAAUGUCGAAGCUGCUGUGUGAUGCCAUGCCUAGCGACCUACCCCCUGGCGUGGACGAAGCAGAUACUCAAACACAGUUUAACGGAAAGAUGGUAGUGAAGAGCAUCGAAUCAUACUAAACUGUUCACUCAAUGAGACAUCAGUCCGUGAACAACCUGUUCUCGUUAUAGCACGUCGCAUUUUGACGUAUACUUUACCCAAGGCCAAAAUCUGAUUGUACAAGAAAAUAGCAACGGCUCGCGAAAGUGACUUAAUGAACCCUCUACGAGGCAUCGGUUCAUGAACACUUGAUGAGGCAUCGGUUCAUGAACACUCUACGAGGCAUCGGUUCAUGAACACUCUACGAGGCAUCGGUUCAUGAACACUCUACGAGGCAUCGGUUCACGAACACUACGAGGCAUCGGUUCAUGAACACUCGACGAGGCAUUGGUUCAUGAACACUUAACGAGGCAUCGGUUCAUGAACACUCGACGAGGCAUCGGUUCAUGAACACUCUACGAGGCAUCGGUUCAUGAACACUCUACGAGGCAUCGGUUCAUGAACACUCGACGAGGCAUCGGUUCAUGAACACUCGACGAGGCAUCGGUUCAUGAACACUCGACGAGGCAUCGGUUCAUGAACACUCUACGAGGCAUCGGUUCAUGAACACUCGACGAGGCAUUGGUUCAUGAACACUCUACUAGGCAUCGGUUCAUGAACACUCUACUAGGCAUCGGUUCAUGAACACUCGA